AUGCAAAGUCAUGCUGUUUCCCGAGGCGCACAGUACUCCCUUGAUGUGUCGCUGUUCGGGUGUCUUGUCGAUGCUCACCAUGGCACAGACCCGAGAAUACCGUUUGACACCUUGGACACCCAGAGGGUAAUGCAUCGAAGUAUCUCAAAGUUAAUUCAGUCGACCUUAUACCCUUCAAUAGAAGAUGGCGGUACAGCAGCUCAGUACCCAGAAGUUAUCGGAUCAUAUGGAUCAGAUGACAUCGCCAUCAUCACAAACUACCUCGGACAGCUGGUUCGGCUUCGUCGCGCGAUGGAGAAACUUUUCGAAACCUCAGUUAGCGAGCAAGAUAUGGAACAGAUCGAAGCUCGUAACGCAGAUAUAUCUGCAGACGAGUACGAGGCUUCCGAGCCACAUAAGCAACCGGUCGUGAAAAAACCGUUGCUGAAGAGUAUUCGCUUGGCAACUGUCGCUAAAUUCCAGAGUGAGGAGGCUCAAGUCGUGGUGAUUUCGCUCGUAAGAAGUAAAAAUGGAGAUGAAUGCGGUUUCUUGAGCACAGAUAAUCGUAUUGAUGUGCUGCUGUCUCGAGCUAAGCAUGGUAUAUACCUGAUCGGUAAGGCUAAAACCUACGACCAUGUAGACAUGUAG